GCGCGAAAUUGACAACCUAUAAAUGAUGAAACCAUUUGAUAAUUUAUAUAAUUAUUCCUAAAUUAAUCUGAAGUUUUAAGAAGUGGCCAUUACAGCAACCAAUUACUCCGCGUAAAGUAUCGCAUUUGUUUUACACUUAGAAGACGUACGGGAUUUUAAAAUGGAGCUGGAAUUCGGUAUAACACGAACUGCUUAUGGAAUCGCAAUGCUUAUGAUGGCUGCAGUUGCUACAUUCGGAUACUCUGUCUACAUACUCGCAAUUUGGAGUUCAAAAAAACUGCAAACGAAACAUAUAUGGCUGACUUCGCUUGCUUGUGCCGAUCUCCUAAUGAUGGUACAUUUAUUUAUGGAUGGCCUAUCCAGCUUUCACCAAGGCAGAAGACCUAAAGGGAUAUUUGAAUGCCAGGUUAGCGCACAUAUGGGCUUAUUCUCUGGCUUUGUCAGUAUAGCCAGCAUGACUUGGAUUUGUAUUGACCGUUACUACAGAAAGUUUAAGCCAGAAAAAGUUGGAGUGAACUAUUGCUUCUAUGUGAUAAUAGUGUGGGCUAUGAGCUUCUUAGCAGCAAGUGGUCCAGCAUUGGGGUUUGGGGCUUAUGAGAGCGCGGAGGAAAAUACAGUCAAGUGUUUGAUUGAUUUGGAAAAUACAGACAUGAACACGAUCAAAUAUUUUGUGGUUGUAGGAUUUCUAUUUUUCUUCUAUCCGAUUUUCAAAAUGAUUAAAUACAAUACGAAGUUUGCUUACAAAUCGGAAGAGGAAAAGGCGGUUGUGAUCGCUGCACCAGUUUCAUUCGUACUCGGUUAUCUCCCAUAUUUAGUUUACGCUUGCUUAAAACUUACAAUCGGCUUACCACCUCUCAAUCAAGCUUCAAUAGCUUUUCUAUACCUUCUGCCGAAGUUCAUAUCCGUUAUGAACCCCUAUAUGUACAUGCGUUCGGAUCCCGAGUUACUGCGUGCAGCAAAACGAGUCGUCAACUUUGAUUUUGACCAGAAAAUUGAAUAGAUUUUAAACCAUAUAUUUUAUUACGUUAUAUGCAUUACAAUAUUUUUAAUGUAUAAUAACGGUGCCUUGAAUCGCGAAUAUAAUAUAUAUGUGUGUAGACAAUCUGUACAAGUACCACUUUUUAACGUAAAGCUGGCUGGGGUAAGAUGGUACAUGUUUCUUUUUCAUUUAUCUUUCCUUUGGUGGUAAACAAAGAAUAUUUACAAAAUUAUAUAACCGUAUCCUCAUGCCUUUAAAAUUUCGUAUUUAUUUAUUAGCGUGCUUAUUAAGAAAUAUUAGGCAAUAUGUGUUAAAACCCGUAUUACCCUACGGUACUAUAAAAUGAGCUCUUUUAACCCGUUAUAAUAAUAACUUUAAUUUGUCCCUUCUUUUACGGUAGCGAAGAAUUAGAAAUAUUUUAAACAAAAGGACAUGAUUUAGCGAAAAAAAAACAAUUGUUAAAAUAAGGCUUACGAUUAAAAAAAUAUUCCAUAAUUUUUUUAGAAGGCUAUUUAAAAUAUGUUAAUACUUGUUGUUUAUUACCAACUGCAAGAGAAAGGCGAAUUAAAUCAUGUCCCAUCUUACCCCUGCUUAAAAUAUAACA